GCUUGUCGAAAAGUGAGGCAUGACAGUCCUGCGGCCCACACUAUGCCACAUGGAGAUUGUAAGAAUCAGCAUUUUGCAAGCCUGGACUUUUGAAAAUGAAACCAAAUCUGAAGGUGAUUAGGGUCUGAAUCAGCAUCAUUUAUGAUUGAAAUUAGAGGUUUCCAAAUGAAAUCGGCAUAUAAAGCCUAAAAUGUGCAGGGAAUGAAUAUUUAGUGGGUUUCAGAAAUUAUUACCAUCUAGUCAGCCCCUAGAGUGAUUCAGAUCCUAAAGAAAACUGGCAUCCCUUAUAACAGCAGCAGCAGGAGGUAGCGUAAAAACCAAAACGACUGAUGUUUAACACCAAAUCAUAUCCCAUCCCAAGUGACUGCCCUAGCUAUAUAAAUUCAUUCUCUGCAAACCCAUUUCCUCCAUUCACCCGAAAGCGGAGAGAAUCAGAGAAACCCUGAAAAAGAAUGAGGAAUGGUGGCACCAUUUCUUUUUUAUCAACAGCAACACUAGCAGCAUCACCAGUCCGAUCUCCAAGAUUGCAUUCAUCACCAAUACCAUUUCUGUUUGGAGGAUUAGCAGCUAUGUUUUGUUUAAUAGCAUUCGCUCUUUUGAUCCUCGCUUGUUCUACUUGGAAAUUAUCUAUGUUUUUAUGUCAUGAUAAUAACUGUGAAGGAUCCACACAUCGUGGUGGUGGUGGUGGUGGUGAUAAAUCAGCGGAAGAAGAAAGCGUUAAAGUAGUGUACGAAGGGCAGAUCGGUGUGAUCAUGGCUGGUGAUGUUAAACCUACUUAUUUAGCUGUACCUAGAUCAUUAGGUGAAAAACCAAAGGAAGACGAAGAAGAAAGUGAUGUCAUUAGGGUGGAAUCAUCAGCGUGAUAUGAUUUUUUUUUUCCUGUUGUAGAACGGGUUUACUUUUCGUCUUCUACGAAUUCAUAGUGAAUUUUUUUAAUAUUACUGUAUUAUUGUUUUUUUUUAAUUUGAGCAAAGUGUUUUUGGAAGAAAUUUGAAGAGGCCAUUAACACAGGAGUUUAGAGGUGGAAGGUCUCUGUAUUUAGACAUCUACUAGUGAUACAUACAUUCCUAUAAAAUAGGAGGAGGAGUUUUAUUGUGUUGGACUCAAUUGAUAGGCGCCAGAUCAUUUUAGCGUGCUGGUGCGGACCUUACUCAGCCAACUUUUGCAGCCAUAUGAGAUGCCAGCCAGGUGAAUGCCACAUUUAGGCCCGGCCCUCUACAAAGCUCCAACACAUGGGACCUAGUAGCUGACACGAGUUUUCACUCCAACAUUUGCCAACGCAUCAUGGCUUUUCGUAGAUAAAUUUAAGGGUAACUAGAUUUGUGCCCGUGCUAUGCAUCGGGCGUAGUUUUUCUUUUAAUUUGGUGUGCAUGGGGCGAAGCCCCGC